CUUGCACGUUUCUCACCCACCACACUAUCACGACAAUGACACUCGCGCACGACUUUACGGCCGCCAGCACGGCGUUCGACCGCCUCCGUCCCUCCCUGGGCGUGGAGCAGGCCAACGAGGUGCUCGCGUACAAGACGCAGGCGGAGCGCGGCGACUGGAACGGCGUGUUUCCUAACGACGUCCCGCACGACCUCAAGGCCGAGAUCUGGGCGUGGGGCCGCCUCCAGGGCGUGGAUACCGAGACGGCGCAGCGCGCGUUCGUCGACCACGUCGCGGCGCUGCAGAAGCAGCGCCACUGAGGUGCUGCUGGCUGCGAUGUAUACUGUCGCGCGGGG